AAACAGAGUUUACGAUCUCUGCUAUUGCCUAUACCUACAUAACGCCUCUGUUGCACUUACGAGGUAAAAUUGUAGGCACGAUCCUUUCGAUGGCAUUAAAUUUUUGUUUACCUUUUUUUCGUAGACAUUUAACCACACUAGCGGCAGUUUACCGAGAAGUGCAGUUCGGUAUCUAUAGAAGUAUGGGAAAUAUUAGUCAUUGUCACGGUGCAGUUGUCUGCUUCUGUUUUUUUGUGAAGCGGAACAGAUUAAACGUACAUCUGGGUGCAAUCGAAGCGAAUGUUUAUGUUUACUGUAGAAACCAUUUUAGCACCCAUAGCGAAAUUGUUUUUUCAAGGUUUCUUCUGUAUCGCAGAUGGGCAGUCAGCUGCAGUCUGCAUAGUAGCGCUAGCAUAACAAGAAAAGUUACAAAUACCGUCUAAACGUUUUUCUCAUCUUUUCUGACGGUCGUCGUGAUUCUGAGUGAAUUGGGGAAAUCCUCCGUGCACCGGCGCACGCAUUUUGAUUGUCCAGAUAUUUUUACUCAUGAACCGUGAUUAAUUUUGGAGUUUCUUAAGUAAUUUACUGGCUAAUAGAGGAUUUGGAUCACUGCAUGAGAUAAUUAUUCCAUAAAAUUCUGCCAAUAAAAGUAGUUGAGAAAUCCGUUCGCCGUUACAACGUUAACGACACGAAAACAAGAUGCCUGACGUCAGAGCGUCCAUUCGCGAAACCUGGCGGUCAUUCUCGCCGCUGGAAAAGCGUAAUAUUGCUAUAUACAUCUUGGGAAUUACUUUGUAUAAGUUUGGUUUGGAAGCGUUCAAUGGAUCCAUCAUUGCAUUAGCUACCAAUCGGUACGAUUACGAUGCCAUUCGCACCAAUACCACUGCAAAAACAUUCGAAAGAGUCGGCCUGUUGGUUGGUCUCAACCAGGCGCUGCAGUGUGUCGGAUCCAUCCUAAUUGCUCCGCUAAUACAACGGUUUCCCACGAAAACCGUCCUCACCGCGGCUGUAUUCGUUUUCGGACUGUUUACAGCAAUUUUGUUAAUUGUUGACGCAGCAACAGGUGGUUACAUUAAGCCGGCAGAUUGGGAGGCAAAGCACAAGAAAGGGGAUUAUUCGUAUUACGGAACAUAUUAUACGGAUGGCAUUAUUCCGAUUUACUGCGUAACCGGCAUCGCGUACGGCAUGGUGGAGUUAAUUAGGCGCGUUAUUCCCAAAGACAUUGUCGGUGGGGAUGUGAAGAAGCUCAUCCGGAUGGAUUCACUGGUCCACAUUUGCUACGAAGUUAGCGGUACAUUAGGCGCAUUUGCCACCGCGCUGGCUUUAAUUCCAGCUCUGGGGAACAACAUGUCCUUCAUUAUCACACCACUUUUGUACACCGCUGCAGCAAUCACCUGGUGGUUUAUAUCCGAUUUAGGAUUCCAGAAGAAAAAACUGGGCAAACUCGAACAACAGCCUAGUUACAUUAAAGCCAUUGUAGGUGGAUUUUAUCUGUUUGCUGCGUCCAUAUGGACCGGAGCAAAAAUAAUAUUCACCAGCCGGAAAUUUAUAUGGCUGUUUAAUGGUUAUGCGGUUGCUUUGUACGGUCACCGGUUUUUGGAGAAUGCUUUAGCACCUGUCAUUGCCAAGCGAUAUUUAGGAGAGUCGGCAUGGUCGCAAGUUAUGGUCGGUGGGUCUAAUUUUGGCGAAUUAUGCGGUGCUGCGACAGUGUUUAUAUUGGCAAAUUACGUAAAGACACCCAUUCCAUGGCUACGGAUAGAUUCACUCACUGUAUUGAUUGUUUGGUACCUACCAUUCUGGUAUCCUCCCGCUGGUGAUGUGAGAUACGCUUGGAUGGUUGCUGCAACUUUUAUUCCGAUUUCAUUUGGAUGGGCCGCUGGCGAUGUUUCCAUAUCGGCGUACAUCCAGGGAGCACUGACCCGACUGGGCAAAGGAUCCAAGUCGGCGGUAUCCCCACUGGGCGCGGUCAUGGCGUUCCUGUACUCAACGUACAUAAUUAUAUAUGCCAUAAUUUCACCGUUGUUGGGGACUUACUUGGACCAAGUUUACGCGCGAACAGGCGGUGCGAACGGCGGAGACGUUCACGAAGCAAUUAUUUAUGUGGGCGGCGUGCAUUUCACGAUAAUUGCUGUGUGCGUCAUGUCAGCUACGUUCAUACCUAAGGGAUCCUUCUCGUUGUGCCCUACGAUUCUUUCUGACGAAGAUCUAGAAAAAGAAGGCCCCGACGAAGGUGAUAACAGUACGGAGCUUCCAGCGGGCAUUGCAGCUAUUUCAUAGAUGUAACACAGUUUUAAUGUGUUUACUUUUUUGUGAUUACGAUUUACGACUACAUGCAUGAUUAUAAUAGUGCAAAUGCGUGUUCGUUCAAUGCGGAUGUUUUCUGUAAUAUUACGCAUGUGAGGCGGAGCGUGAUGUGUACAACAAGUUCUGACUGUCUGUUGCCGGCUUAGCUGCGAGGUGGAUUUGUUUUUAUGUAUUGUAUAGAAAAUGAAUAUGUUUUUUAUUUAUUUUUAGAACAUGUUUUUAUUUACUGCUAUGUGCGGGCAUUGUGCUAACGUUACGUACCGCCGGUACCGGCAACGCCGCCGCGUAGGUAGCCUUUGUCGGGCUUUGUGGUGGUUAAAUACGAGCACUGUCGCUCAAAGUGUUGUGUUUCGUAUUAUUUAAGUUUGCGAAGUUACUGCGGUGUUUUGUGAUCGACAGCAAAGGAGAUUCGAUGCUUCUA